AUCUUAGAAACAAUUGGACAGAAUAAAGAAAAAACAAAAAAAAGAGCCAUGCAGAUUAAGGUCAAGUGUAACUGCGGUGAGGGACAAUGCCCCGAAUGGGCAAUCGUCGAACUCCAGGGCAUCGUGGAAUCUCAGCCUUCCAUCGGGAAUCAGCUCCAAGGUCUCGAAAUCGGCCGGCUCUGCUGCUCUUCUUCCUCUUCCUCGCAGGUGAGCUAUACUUUCACCGUGGGCUACCACGAACUAUCCGGUUCUAAAAUGGCCUUGAAGAAGCCGCUUUUGGUUCUAAAGAAGAAAAAAGCUGCGGACGGAGAUAAUUCGGUCCUCAAUUCCUCGGAGGUAGAAUUGCAAGUAAUCGGUGUUAUUCGCCACAAGAUCCUGUUCAAGAAUAGGCCCAAAGCCCUUAUAUCGAAGCCGCAAGUAAAGGAUAAGAAAAUUGCACAGUAAAUCCGAAAUGUUCUGCGAAAAGUUGGUGACUCAUCCUCGACGAUUGAUCUUUGAUAUAUUAAAGUUACUUUGGAACUUCUGUUAAAAAUCUUAGGAAGAUCUUUGCUAUGCCUUUUCUUGUGUUUUCGAUUAGUAUCUUGUGUUUAUUGAUUUCUAGGACUUUUCGAAUCAUGCAACUUAUAAAACCACUGCAAGUAAGGCGGAUAGAUAAGAUUGAGCAAUUACAUUUUUGUU